AUGCCGAUUGGCGAGAAGGGAGAGAUAUGGGCAGGCGGUGAUUGUGUCACAGCCGGUUAUCUCGCCAAUCCGAAGUUGACCGAUGAACGUUACCGGCCGGACCCUUUCCGCCCCGGUCACAUGAUGUUUCGCACGCGCGACCUUGGCCGCUGGACCGAAGACGGCGAACUGGAACAUUUCGGACGGGUCGAUGACCUGGUCAAGAUCCGCGGAUUUCGGGUCGAACUCGACGGCGUUUCCAGUGCACUUGAGAGCACCGAUUGCUGCAGUCGUGCCGUCACCCUGAAACUCGAUGACCGCAACCUGGUGAGUUUCAUUUCACCUGCAAACGCGUGUCCCGAGAAAGCCAGGCAGCAGGUCAACGAUCGCCUGCCCUACUACUGUAUGCCGACCGUUGUGCUCUCGCUGCCGGAACUGCCCCGGACGCCUCGCGGCAAGCUGGACAAGCGCCAGCUUCACAAGCUCGCCGAAGACCAUAUCGCAAGCGAAUGUGUGGAGCUGAACUGA